CAGGAAAAUACUGGGAGUUUGGUCUUUCGACCUUUCUAGCCUUCACUCUUCUUGCCGAUACGUACUCGGUCCAUACAAUCCAUAUUAUAUUGCAUGCUCGAUGCCUUUUUUCACCUCGCCGAGGUCAUUUCGAAACGCAAACAUCGACUCGUCGCCCCAGGCCUCAUUGGUAAAUAUCAAUGGAACUCUUUUCACGGCCUUGGCUCAAAAUAGCCAACCUGUCUUCCACAAUGGAGCAGCAGCACUGCCUCACGCAUCGCACCCAUCGCUGCCGUAUCUCGCCCUCCUCGUCUUCGAGGCGGUCCUGGAAGUCGUCUGCGUGAGUUUACCGGGCUAUAUCGUGGCGCGAAUGGGAAUGUUCGAUGCGAACGCACAGAAAUUCGUCGCCAAUCUGAAUGUCAUGCUAUUCACACCAUGCCUUAUUUUCACAAAGCUCGCGUCCCAGCUAACGGCGGGGAAACUCGCUGAUUUGGCGAUAAUACCUUUAAUCUUCAUAACCCAGACUGCAGUGUCAUGGAUAAGCUCGAAGUUGAUCUCACGAGUAUUCCGCUUCAGAAAGCGACAGUCGAAUUUCGUAACGGCUAUGGGGGUGUUUGGCAACUCAAACUCUCUACCGAUCUCCCUGAUCAUGUCUCUCUCUAAGACAAUAAAAGGACUCCAUUGGGACAGAAUACCCAAUGAUAAUGAUAGUGAAGUUGCUGCCCGUGGUAUCCUUUACCUACUUAUCUUCCAGCAACUGGGCCAGCUUCUCCGAUGGAGCUGGGGGUAUCGCGUCCUCUUAGCACCAAAGGAACAAUAUUAUCGAGAUGAAGAAGAGAGAGCCAACUCUCGCAUUGGGACCGUACAAGAGAGAUACUUCGAUCUUCCCGAAGAAGACAGCGAUCCAACACUGCUCGGGGAUUCUAGCUCGGAGGAGCCGCAGUUCACAUCAGGUGACCAGACGCCCGUUCUGGAAGCGGAUCGCUCGUGCGCGAAGCUCCCGAACAGCGAUGAGAACGCCGUCGACGGAACCACGGCGCCGUUGCCGCUCGCCAUGCCUCUUCCUCAUGAACAAUCUCGAGACUCGCCCGGGCGUCUUGCUUUUUUCCCCAAUGUCGAACCCCGAGAGGAUGCGUCUUGGUUGGCAGCGGCCAAAAUGAGGCUCCGAGUCUGCCGACGAGCAGUAAUCUCAACUGUCCAUCGCUUCAACGACUUCGUGAAAUUGCAAGCAAACCGGGCCUUCAACGCUAUCCCACUCCGGAUACAAAAGGCGUGCACCUGGACUGCCCACAAGAUGUACCGCUUCCUCCACGGCGUGUGGGAGUUCAUGAAUCCACCUCUCUGGGCCAUGCUAGCCGCAAUAAUCGUCGCCUCCAUCCCUUCCCUGCAACGCACCCUCUUCACGAAGGGCACAUUCGUCCACAACUCUUUCACAAGCGCUAUCACUCAAAGCGGCGGCGUUGCCGUCCCACUCAUCCUUGUCGUCCUUGGUGCCAAUCUCGAACGCAACACGCUCCCCGAAGAGGCUUACGAUGACCACGAAGACCCGCGCGUGGAACGGAAGCUCAUCAUCGCAUCGCUAAUGGCGAGAAUGUUUCUUCCCGUGCUCAUCAUGGGCCCUAUUCUGGCUCUCACGGCCAAAUACGUGCCCGUGAGCAUAUUGGACGACCCGAUAUUUGUGAUUGUCUGCUUCUUGCUCACGGGAGCGCCCUCGGCGUUGCAGCUAGCUCAGAUCUGUCAGAUUAAUAAUGUGUAUAUGGGUGCAAUGUCGAAGUUGUUGUUUCAGAGCUAUGUUGUCUGGAUAUUGCCUUCAACGCUUGUCCUGGUGAUGAGUGCCCUGGAGGUUGUGGAGUGGGCGACAACCAGCUGACCGAGCCAGCAAAGCCUGUCGAACGAGCGCAUUAGUUACAUUGGGAUCCAGGGACUCCUUGUUAGGCUCGUGGGUCGUGUCGAAAUUCCUCAUCUUAAAUUGAUGUGUCCCAUCGGAUAGGGAGGAAAAGCGGUAAAGUGGGUUUAUGAGAAAUGGAUUAUGACUUAGGUAUUCAGCUUUGUGAUGACGACACAUUGAAGUUUGGCGUUGUGGUGCACCUUGGUGGCUUGGCAGCACUUUUCUGCAUUUGACUAUAUACUUUUUGCUGUGUUCUGUUAGCCGGUACUCCGUGCCUUUGAUGUAUGGCCAUGAAGUGGGAUUUGAGAUCGAAUAGAAUUGG